AUGGCUAAUAGAUUAUCUUACCCUGAUGACAAAAAAACUUUGGAAGCCUUGGGUAACAAUCAUUAUCUAGAAAUUGAUAUUGAUCAACCACCACCAUACGAAGUUGCUUCAUCUUCACGUACUCAAUCGUCUUCCGAACUCAGAAUUCCACAAGAUGAAAUAAAAACACAAAAAAAUGACUGUGCGGCUUCUUUUUGGUCUUCGUUGACCAAUCCUUAUGGAUGGAUUUGUGUUAUUUAUUUCUUGUUUGUCUCGUUCCCAAUUGGUGUUGCUGCGAUUUGUUGGAUUUUGCCGACGUUUGCAGUAGCGAUAGUCUCAAUGCUAUUCCCACCUGUUGGAUAUUUCUUUUGUAUUGGAGUUGCAUGGUCUUGGAGAGCUCUCGCACGUAUCGAAAUAUUCUUCGUGCAAUUGUGUGUCCGCGAAAAAAUCCCCAAACACGUUAUUCCACCAGUCACCAAACUACUACGAGAUCCACACGAAUUGCCCACAGCAACACAACCACGUAAACUAUCAUGGAUAAAAUAUUUCACGGGAAUUUGUUUCGAUCGAUUUACUUGGAUUGCAUUUGUUUACUUUGUCUUUGUGAAAUCUCUCAUCUGCGUCAUCACUUUUGCGCUGACGGUCGCGCUCGUUUGUAUGGCGGGUCUGUUGAUGCUUUUUUGUAUGCCAAUUCUAUUGAUUGCGUGUCGUAAGAUGGGUGAAUGGGAGUUUAAGUUGAUGAGAGCUAUAUUCUUCCCACAGCUUAAAGGAAUGAGUUGA